AUGUGUAAUGUGACAAACCGUAAGAUUCUCGAUAUUCUGGCAGGAAAAAUUCCUCAAGUGACUUUUUCUUGUAACAGUACUAGUGCAGAAUGCGAUUUCCAGUUCUGGGUCGACCAGGUCGAGAGUUUUUAUUGUGGUCUGAGUAAUUGUACUUUUGAGACCGAGGUCUUGAGUAAUACGAAUAUCACGAAAUACCAGUGUCCCGAGAUCAGUUGUAAAUGUGUGCCAGAGAGAAUGUUGUGUGGAGAGGCAGGAUCAAUUGAUAUUUCAGAUUUCCUGACUGAAACAAUUAGCGGCCCUGGUUUCUUUGAAUGUGAUCGUAGCACUAAAUCGUGCAAGUUUUCAGAACCAUCGAUGAAUGAUUUGAUCAAAUCGGUGUUUGGUGACCCAUAUAUCACUUUAGAAUGUGAUUCAAGCGAGUGUCUACAUUAUACAGAAUUGCCAGGGUACCUGCCUCCUGAGAAGAGUGUUCGUCGAGGGUUUGUACUGGCAGCGUUUAUUUCGGCUUUAGUGUUUAUUCUUGGUGGAGCAGUUAUUUUCCAGUACUUUAUGAACCGCAGUCAGAAUAACAAACUCGGAUACCUGCAGAUUCCGUCUGAUAGCGAUGCUGCUAAAUUGAUGGCUAAUCACCAGGCUACGAGUUUGCAGUUUGAAGAUAUCUCGUACAGUGACAAGAAACGGCCGGUGAAGAUUCUUGAUGGAGUGUUUGGCCAGGUCAAAGAAGGCAGUGUGCUGGCUAUUAUGGGCGGGUCUGGUGCUGGUAAGACGACUUUGCUGGAUAUUCUGGCGUCGAAAACGAAACGAGGUGUCACUGAAGGCCAUAUUUACGUGAAUGGACGUGAGGUCAUUAGUAAAAACAGGUAUAAAAAGGUGAUUGGAUUUGUCGACCAGGAAGACUGUUUGAUUCCUACCUUGACUGUAUAUGAAACUAUUGUCACCAGUGCUCUGUUGAGACUGCCGAAAUCCAUGUCUGACGAUGCCAAGAAGUUGCGUGCCUUAGAGACCAUGAACGAGUUGGGAAUUCUUGGCUUGAAAGAUCAGUUGGUUGGUAAUGAGACUAAUAGAGGUAUAUCUGGUGGUGAGAAGAGAAGAGUUGCAAUUGCUUGUGAGUUAGUGACCUCGCCAUCGAUUUUGUUUUUGGACGAACCCACAUCGGGUCUGGAUGCUUACAAUGCUUUUAAUGUCAUUAGUAGUCUCGUUCACUUGGCAAGAAAUUAUAACCGUACUGUUGUGUUUACCAUCCACCAACCGCGAUCCAACAUUGUUGCUCAGUUUGAUGAGUUGAUGUUGCUAGCAAAGGGUUCGGUGGUGUAUUCCGGACCCCAGUCGGAAGCCAGUAAUUAUUUCGCUGAAAUCGGAUACCCCUGUCCUAGUGGAUAUAAUAUGGGUGAUUUCUUGAUUGACCUGGCUAUGGAAGCGGAUAAUAGUGGUGGUAGCAGUAGUAAUGGCGAUUCAGCUGGCGAUGAUCAGGCGAAUGAGCAUUUGAGCGAAGGAGGCCAGUCUAACAGCACCGAGUCGGAUGAUAUUCAUAAUCCUAUUCCCCGUGCCAAUACUAUCGAAGAUUCUACACGUGAGUGGAGACAUUAUGCUGUACAUCGAAAUGAAUUGUCUGGAGAAGAAGCACAUGAAAACCAUCUUCGUCGAAGAAUCUCUACCACACCAGCCAUUCGUGCACCUCCAUCUCUCAGCACUCUUGUGGAACUGUAUAAAAACAGUCCAUUGGCCGAGUCCAUUCGCCAAAAGAUUCAGGCUCAAAAGCAGGCUGUUAUUGAUGCUGACGAGUCGAAUCUGACUAGCGGUUACGAGACCCCCAACCAAAAUGGUGACGGUCCGGAGACUGGAGAUGAUGCUACUUCGCCAGCGACACGCGGCGGUGCGUCCAGUAUUCCAAAAGAACUCAAGGGUCAUGAUAAAGUGGGUGUAUUUGGGCAAUUCCGCAUUCUUUCUGGCCGAACCUUUAAAAAUUUAUACCGAAAUCCCAUGCUACUGCUGACUCACUAUGUGAUGGCGGUUCUGCUAGCAGUUUUCUGUGGAGUUCUGUAUUUUAAUGUGACCAACGAUAUCAGCGGGUUCCAGAACAGACUGGGUCUUUUCUUCUUUUUGCUUGCACUCUUUGGAUUCUCCACCCUGACCACUCUCCAGCUAUUUGCCGAAGAACGUAUUAUCUUCAUUCGCGAGCGGGCAAACGGAUACUACCAUCCAAUUGCAUACUAUCUUGCCAAAGUGAUGUUCGAUAUCAUUCCCCUUCGAGUUUUUCCUCCUAUUCUGCUUGGACUGAUCGUGUACCCACUAGUAGGAUUGUCCACUGACGGAUAUGCGUUCCUGCGAUUCCUGCUGAUUCUCGUAUUGUUCAACCUCACCGCAGCCUCGACCUGUCUUCUCAUUGGAAUCAUGAUCCAGAACACCGGAGUAGCCAGUCUUGUAGGAUGUCUCGUGAUGCUGUUCAGUCUGUUAUUUGCUGGUCUGUUCCUCAACCAAGACUCGAUGCCAGCAGGGGCCGUAUGGUUCAAGUACAUCUCCAUCUUCCACUACGCAUACGAAGCAUUAACCGUCAAUGAAGUACGCUACCUGACGCUGACAGAAAAGAAGUUCGGGCUCAGCAUCGAGGUCCCGGGGGCCACCAUCCUCAGUACCUUCGGUUUCGACAGCGGCGCCCUCUGGGACGACGUGGCCGGCCUGGCCAUCGUCUUCGGCCUGUUCCUGAUCGCCGGCUACGUCGCCAUGCAUUUCUUCCUCGUCGAGAGAAGAUAA